UACACCAAAAUUCCAUCACCGUUAUAAAUAAGUUGAACAACUGAAAAGCCUCGUUUCUUUGGAAACCUUGGUAUGAUUCCUUAAGUUGGAUUUGUUGUUUGUUUCUUACUUUUGUCUACCAUCGUUUUUACCACUUUUUGCUCUGCCAAUUUUGCGGUGAAACCGCAUCAUUCAACGUAAUAAUACUAAAAUCAAUUGUUUAACUCAUUGUUUCAGACUCACCCAUUAUAAGUUAUCGCCAUAAUGGCACAAAUCACAAAACAUUUAUUAACGAAGGAGGUGCAACAAAACCUGAUACAAAUUAAGGAUGUUCAAAAACUUUCACUUAUAAAGAAUAUGGAUUUGGUCAAAAAAAGCUAUACCAACGCCACUGGGAAGGAGCUAACGAAGGAAGAAUUUCUUCACUCUGCUCGAAUCAUGUCGCCCUUUGUAACCGAGUUAGACGUGGACAUAAUAUUCUCCGUGUGUGAUUCACCCAACCAGAAUUCGCGAGCUAAACAAUAUGACCAUGAAAUACGACCAGAAGACUAUUUCAAACACGUCAAGAAAAUAUUUACCGACCUAAAUGCUCUCUAACCAGCUGAUGAUAGUGGAGUGAAUCUAAUCAAGUUUAGUAUCAACUUUGUAGUUACAUAAGUAAAGUUACAUUUUCCAAAUCGUUAUUAUUUACUAACUUUCGCAAAAUUUUGAUUUUGUAAGAAACAAAACUAUUCGAAAAUUGGUAUCAAUUAAGUAUAUUAGAGAAAUUUUAACCAUGAGCCCUUAAAUCGAAGCGCUUUAAAUUUCGAAAAGGAUUUUCAUGAGUGAGCACAGACUUGCGCUUUAGAACAAGUGGGAUUACAGAGAGCACCCUAAUUGUAUAAAAAAAUUGUAUGGAGGUAUGUAAGAUCAAUUGUGGGAAAUUUCUACAUUAGCAUGCCUACCCUCCAUCCGUGUGCAGUUGAAAUUUUACAGAAAUUAAUAAUUCUGAGAAACUACGCCACUGUUAGUCUCAAAGUCUCCCGUCAGUAUAAAUUGGAGCAAACUUGAGACUGAUAGUACCGAAUUUCUGUUAAAGUUUAACCGUGUGCGAAUGGAGAGUAGUUACGAUAAUUGGUUAACUUAAAAGUUAACACUUCCGUACUUAUCUUUAGUUCAUCUUAUUUAAUUGUCUUACGCCUCUUUGUACCGUUUAAUAGGAUUGGUUAAGAAAUGUGUUCCCAAAUUUAGCCACUGAGUUUAUUUGCACGCGAUAUUACCAAACAUUUAUAGUUUACGUACAAAAAGAAGUGGAAAUGUGGUUCACAAAAUCGUAAAGAAUGUUAACACCAACAUCACGUUUAAUUACUCCAUUAAGAUUAGAAUGUCGGAAAAUGAUGAAUGGAAAAUAAAGUGGUCUUGCGUGAUUUAAUUAAUCCUUCCAUCACGUUUUCCACACACAUGCGGACAUGGUGUCAUUUAUAUAAUUAUUUUCCUUCACCAGCAUGCUCAAUUCAAAACUGGGUUAACAAUCUAUUUUUGCAAGUUUUUAAAAGUGUAAAAUAAUGUUUCAUAAGAAUUAAAACUUUAAGAUAAAAAAUCUAA